UUUCUAAAAAAAAAAAAAUUAACGCGAUAAAUCCUCUCAAAUGCCAUCCAAACACACGGUGAAAGUCAAACCUAAUAUUAACGGAAUAACAUCCGUCGAUAUUAAGCAGAAAAAGAAUGUAACUCUAAUAGAUACUGAUAAUGAAAUUGUAUUUGAAUUCGGAGGUCCGUGGGGAGUCACGGCAAUGAUGAUAGGAUUUCCAUUAUUAAUGUUUUACUUAUGGGGAUGUUUACAAUUUUAUCGUGGUAAAUUAGUAUUACCAUUAGAAGGAGAGUUAUGGUCUCAAAUAAUUAAAGAAGCAUGGCCAACUUGGUAUGCUACUAAAAUUUAUUUAACGUUUUGUCUAUAUGAACUAUUUUUGGCAUAUUUUAUGCCAGGGCCGAUUGUAAAAGGAGCACCCGUAGCUUCAUUAAAUGGGAAAAAAUUGGAUUACUUAUGUAAUGGAGUGAUGUCUUGGUAUGUCACUUUAAUUACUUCAUAUAUACUACAUCGUUACAGUUAUUUUAGAUUAACCGAAAUUAUCGAUAAUCUUGGUCCUCUGAUGACUGUGUCUAUUAUAACUGGAUUUACCAUCACUUUCACUGUGUAUAUUGUAACUAUUAUUCAAGGAAAUCAAUAUCGUAUGUCUGGUAAUAUAGUGUAUGAUCUUUUUAUGGGGGCUGCUUUAAAUCCUCGUCUUGGAAGAGUUGACCUUAAAAUGUUUGCUGAAAUUCGCGUUCCUUGGGUUGUGCUGUUUUAUAUUUCUGUUUCUGCUGCUGUUAAAGAAUAUGAAAUGUUUGGUUAUGUUUCUGCAACUAUGGCAUUUAUGGUCUUGGCACAUUUCUUGUAUGUUAAUGCUUGUGCUAAGGGAGAAGAAUGUAUCCCAACCACUUGGGAUAUGACAUAUGAAAAGUUUGGCUUUAUGCUCAUAUUUUGGAAUUUUGCCGGAGUACCAUUUACAUAUUGUCUUGGAACUUUAUACCUUCAUCUUUCUAGUAUUGAUAAUGGCAGACCAAUUCAACAUUCACCAGCAUGGACUUUUUUCUGCUAUGCAUUAUUAAUAUCGGGUUAUUAUAUUUGGGAUACAGCCAAUUCACAAAAAAAUCGCUUCAGAAUGACAUUAAAUGGAACAUAUAUUCCACGUAGCACAUUUCCACAAUUACCUUGGGGUACAUUAAAAAAUCCUUCAUACAUUAAAACUAAACAAGGGAACCUUAUACUAACAGGCGGAUGGUGGGGAUAUGCACGUAAAAUUCAUUAUUCGGCAGAUUUAAUGAUGGCAUUUUCAUGGGGAUUUAUUUGUGGUUUUAAUACACCAAUACCAUAUUUUUAUCCCGCAUUUUUCGUUUUUGUAUUAACUCAUAGAGUUACAAGGGAUAUGGAGAGAUGUGCAAGAAAAUAUGGUAAAGAUUGGGAUGAAUAUUGUCGUCAAGUUCCAUAUAUUUUUAUUCCUGGCGUUUAUUAAAACGCGAUGAUGGUGAUGAAAUUAUUUUUUCUUAUAAUUAUUAUUAUUUUAACCAUAUAAGAGUUUAAAUAGAAAUAUCAUGAGAGCUAGUGAAGGAACUAAUAAUUGUAAUCACUUUUCUAUAUAUUUUCUCGUUGCAGAAAACUAUAUUAAUAUGAAAAGUUGUGGUAAUAAAAAUAAUAGUUUUUGUUUCAUGUAUAACUGUAUUUCGAUUGACUCUUUUUAUAAUCUCGUUCUGUCUCCUUCAACGAAUUAUGAAUAAAAUCAAUUAAUUUUAUAUAUACAUGAAAUAUUUUAUACUGGUUCAUAUUGAAAGUAAAAAAUCAUUUGUUAUCAGUUUAAAUAUUACUUUAUAAAUAUUUGUAUACAUUAUUAGUAGAAGGUCUACCAGCAAAA